AUGAGGGGCGCCAUCAUAGUGCCGAGUGGAGAGCUUGACGAUGACGAGAACAGUAUCUUUCAGCUCUAUAGAGUCCACUUCCCGUAUUGUGAUGCCAGACAUGCGUUAUGGAUUCGACGAGGGCCCAUACACGACAGUUCGGAGCUAGAACUUAGCGAACAUAUCUCCGACACCAGAUUGAACGAAACAAAGACGCAUUUCAAUCCCGAAUACUGGACUUCCGCUAGAGUCUGGUUGAGACACCACUACGGCGGACAAGGAGCCAGGCAAAAGGCGUUAGAGAAAUACCAGAAUCAAACAGGCAUACCUUUCCGGCUCAUGGAUCUGCCGAUAGAGAUCCGACUGAUGAUAUACGAGUUCUUGGUCGGAGAGCAGAUUUGGCCGCACUCUGACCCGGAACUUCAUGCCCAUGUCGAACAAAGCCACGAAGCCGCUGUGGCUAAAUUCAGUGCGAAAUCAUGGACUGAUGGGAUAAACACUGGGGUGUAUCCGAUCUCAUUCGCCAAAGUUCAGAGGAAGAAGCGUCACUUCAAGCGUGCGGAUCGUUCGGUCGAAAACGAGACAUCACCAGAAGAUUCGCAUGUCGGCCUUGGUCCUACUCGAGAUGUACAAGCAGCGGCGAUGAAUCUCAUGCGUGCCAAUCGGGAAGUCCGCCGAGAAGUCGCAAAAGCUGUAUGGGGUAAGUCUAUCAAGCGCUUCAACCGGCUGCGUGUUCUGAAUGACACCGUCUACUAUCUUCGCAGAUACUGCACGAGACAAGAGUUGCCAGGCCAUUCGUUCCCGCCUCGCGACCCUCUGGUACUACAGCGUGUAUCGCUAAGUCUCUCCAACGAGGAGUAUUUGCAUUUCGUCGGCUAUGAAUUUGACGAUCGUCGUAUCGUACGUCGCGAUGCUGAGGGCGGCUUGAAGAUGUUGGCAGGUAUACAUACCUUGCAACACUUGAACCUCCAGUUCCAGAUCUUCGAGCCGUCUCUUCAGCCGCUGCCUGGUGAGGGGGAUUAUUGGGAGUAUCGGACGGAUUGUUGGACACCUCUCGACGGUCUGACGUGCCAAAAGGAGCUUGUCAAUAUCAUCUUGACACUGGGCUACGACCUGCUGAAAAGGAUCGAGAAGGUUACCAUUUCUGGGCACGUGAAGCGAUCAGCCCAUGAGAAAUGGGAUCCUUUGUUGCGCGGCGAAGCCUACAUCAAGGCAUCUGGUAAGAAGGGCGACAUGGCAGCGGAUGUUGCAGAAAUUCUAGCUACACCCGAUUCGACAUAG